CACCCCUCUUUUGAUGCAGCCCAGGACAUAGUUGGCCUUCAGGGCUGCAAGAACAUGCUGCUGGCUCACAUCCAUCUUUUUAUCCACUAGGGCUCUCAAGUCCACCUCUGCAGGACUGCUCUCAAUGAAUUCUUCUCCCAGUCUGUAUACAUACCUGGGAUUGCCCCAAUGCAUAUCUGGGGUUGCCACGUCUCAGUUUACUUCACAGAAGGCCAGAUUGCUCAACUUAUUUUCUGUGACAAACUAGGAUGUGAUCGAGAAAUACAUGAUAAUGUGAUGGCUUUCUUCAGAAGUGCAUGAAGACUACUUGUAUUUUUGCUACUGAAUCCUGAGUUAUGGAGUGUUACAGUAUAUAAUUGCUAACUUUUAAAAAGAGGGUUCUUAGAACAAGUAAUUCUGUGCAACAUGAUGUUAUAUAGAAAGCUAUUUAAAAAAAAUAAAUGAGCAAACAAACAAAAAAACCCCAACAAACCUACCAUAAAAGCUGAGUUAAGUUUCAGUGGUCCUAAUAGUGAAACCAGUGUAAGCCAAGAAUUUUCUGUGGUGUAUCGAUGGGCACAGGGAAAUGUCUGUCACAGAACGGUGUUACUUUAUGAAACAGUAGUGAGAAGUAAUUCUUAAAUAAGUAUGUUACUCCCACAGGGGUAAUUUGCUUCAGGAAGCCUAUGUUAUUACCUGCUAUAGUUUCUGGGAGUUGAUUUUUCUCCCUGAAGAGGGGACCUGUGAUGUCUGUGGUACAUCGGCUGACAGCAGGGUGGCUCCUGGACCAUCUGUCUUUCAUCAACCAGUGUGGCUAUGAGAUCUGUGAUUCCUUUGCAUACACUGGUGAUGUCACUGCCAGUACUUCUGGCAGUUCUACUAACGAUCAUCCUACCUCUACAUUUGCUACCACCUCUUCAAGUGAUAGUCCCAGUGAUGCUGUAGAAACAGAAGGUAAAACAGCAAGAACACGAUAUGUAUUUCGGGAAGAGUUCUUUCACAUUUCCAAGGCCCGUAUAGCUGCAGCUCCUGAGGAACAGCUGUUGCAGGGAAGCCUUGAGUUGAGUUUCACAGAAAUGAAGGCCAGCACCAGAGCAGAAGAACACCGAGAAGGAACCAAGUGUGGUGUCAAGGAUUCUGUUUCUGUUGCUAAGAAGAAGCGUAAAAGAAAAUGUGUGUUCAACCAAGGUGAACUGGAUGCUUUAGAAUACCAUACUAAGAUCAGAAAAUUCAUUUGGGAAGGCACUUUGCAUUUAGUCCAAGAGGGACUCAAAAGUGGUUUUCUUCAUCGUGCUGCUGCAGCACCCAGUUGUGGGAAGAAUGUUGUUCCUGGACGCGUUGACUGUGGGUUGGCUGAAUUAUGUGAAAUGGCAAAGCAAUUUCCAGCUAUAAAUGAUGGUGAUCAUCAAGCUGUGAAUGUGCUAGGUGAUGAAACCACCACUCCAGAGCGUGACCUGCUUUCAUGUGUUACAGAGAACAACUCAAACUGUGCAAAGAUAGUUGUAUUAAUGGGACAGAAGUACUUGGUGCCACCGAAGAGCAGUUUCCUUUUAUCUGAUAUUUCAUGUUUACAACCCCUGCUGAACUACAAGAAAAAAUACGAUGUAAUUGUGAUCGAUCCACCAUGGGAGAACAAAUCUGUUAAAAGGAGUAACAGAUACAGCUACUUGUCUUCGUGGCAAAUCAAGCAGAUUCCUGUAUCAGCACUAGCUGCUCCAGAUUGUCUUGUUGUCACAUGGGUGACUAACAGACAGAAGCACUUACGUUUUGUUAAGGAUGAACUUUAUCCACAUUGGUCUGUGAAAACACUUGCUGAGUGGCACUGGGUAAAAAUUACUAGAUACGGAGAAUUUGUAUUGCCUUUGGAUUCUUUCCACAAAAAGCCCUAUGAAGUUCUUAUACUGGGGAGAGUUCAAGGAAACAUAAAGGAAGCCCUAAGGAAAUCUGAAGAUGUUCUUCCAGUUCCAGAACAUAAGUUAAUUGUCAGCAUACCCUGCAGUCUACAUUCACAUAAGCCCCCCCUCACUGCGGUUCUGGCAGAGUUUAUCAAGCCAGAUGUGGAGUGCUUGGAGCUGUUUGCUCGCAACCUGCAGCCUGGCUGGACCAGCUGGGGAAAUGAGGUUCUGAAGUUUCAGCACAUUGACUAUUUCACUCUUCUGCAGAAUGAAAACUAACUUUGUUCUUGUAGCUUAAUUCUGAAAUUCAUCCUUCUUAGCAAGCUCUGGAGCUUGCUUCUGGUUGGUGCACUCAGAAAUGAAACCAACUGCACUUCAGUUGCAAUUCUUGCAGUGACAGAAUAUCUGUUUGAUAGCAUCUGUAUCUAUACAAGCUGCUCCUCUUCUUUGAAGAUCUUGGAAUAGUUAAAGACUCAUGUUAGCGGGCAAGUACAUCCCUGUUUCUUUUUUUUUUCCUUUUUUUUUAAAAAAAAAACUUCAGGAAAAGAAAGAUAUUCUCAUUAAGGCUAUCAUAAAUGUAAGCAUCAUAAGUACUCCAUAACACUUAUAAUGAGUUAUUUUUACAGUGAUCAUGUAUUAUUUUUAAAGACAGGCAAGCAAACUAAUAGGUUCACAUUACAAAUAUUUCCUGAAAGACGAUUGGUCUUUGCAAAACAGUGGAUUUGAAACUGAAAUAAUUAUGAAGACAGUGUUUUCUCCUGCAUAUUUGCAUCUGCCUGUCUACCUUGUAAGUCUGUGAGUUGUAAAUGGACACAUUCUUCUAAAACAUUCAACAAUUACAUCUUUCUGUGGAUAGUGUUAAUUCUCAGAAUGCGCUGUAAAUGAUAAAGUCUCAACCAUCUCACAAUUUCUAGAUACUAAGCUGUUAGAUUUAACUAAACUAACUGAAAUGACUUAACUGAAAUUUUAACAAAAUUUAAGUAUGUUAUAAAUUUUCUCUUCUUACAUUCUUGAAAGAGUAAAAAGUGCAUUAUAUUUUUCAGCUUAACUAAAGAUCAUAUUUCCUUAGUAAUAGUGUAUUUUUGUGUCCUUUGCUGCACAUUAACUUGCUUUGAAAAGGAAAAAUUAAAAAGUAGAGCUUCAUUAAGUCUCUUUCCUCAUUUGUGGCUGGACAGGCAGAGCAGCUGGACAAUCUGCUUUUCCUGACAGCAAACUCCUGUGUUCUGUUUAUAAUGGGGAGCAAAAUGCACUACACCCUUCUUUUUGUAUUUUUACGUUUAUUACACUUUUUGUAAUCUUUGCUGUUAUGGUUUUAAAUUUAAACUUCAAAU